AUGACAAAAGGAAGACGGCGACUGAACAGAACCGUAAGAAUGUUACCAACUCCUUAUGUAAAAUGCGAUUACGAUAAGGUUUACGAGCCUGCUGAGGAUAGUUUCCUUUUACUAGAUUGUUUAGAAAAAGAACAAGGCUUCUUAAAUGAAAGAUUUAAUAAUCGUUUAGCCGUUGUUUGCGAAAUAGGCUCUGGGUCCGGUGUCGUCACAACGUUUAUAAUGCAAAACAAAAUCCUACCACAAGAAAGGUCUAUUCACCUGGCCGUUGAUGUCAACCCGUGGGCACUCGAAGCGACCCUAGAUACGGCAAAGUUAAACUCGUGUGAAAAUUCAUUCUUAGAUGUGGUUCAAAGCGAUUUGAAUGCUUGUCUUCGAAAUAAUCAAAUUGAUGUCUUAAUAUUCAACCCUCCAUAUGUGCCAGCAGAAUGUGUACCGGAUUUCCCAGAGUCAAGGGAGCAGGCGGAUCAAUGGCUAGACUUGGCAUUACUGGGCGGAAAAGAUGGAAUGGCAAUCACUGAUAAACUAUUGCAACAGUUGGAUAAAAUUCUUUCUGAGGAUGGUGUUGCUUACAUCUUAUUUUGUGCGAGAAAUAGACCUGAAGAAGUCGUUAAGAAAUUUCUAAAAACUCACAGGUGGAAUGUGAAAUUAAUCGAAAUAAGAAAGGCAGGAUGGGAAGUGCUCAGCGUUUACAGCUUUACAAGAUGA